CUCCCCUUUCUCUCUCUCCUUCUCUCUGCGACCAUCUUUGGGCUUAUCCUUUCAUCCCUGAUCUCCUUCAUCCCCUCCAAUCCUCAUCUGUUCCUCUCUCGCAGACAGGGAAGAGAAAGAGAGAGUUUUUCCACAGCUUGUGUUGGUAAGGACCCUAAUCAACAGCAGCCAUGGGUGAAAUGGAGCAGAUGAAAAAGGAGGCCGAAGCCCUGAAGACACAGAUCGAGGCGGCUCGUAAAGCAGUGCAUGACACAGACAUGGCCUCCGCCGCUUCUGGGGUGGCUCCGGCCCCUCGGGUCCAACUCAAGACCAGGAAGAAUCUCAAAGGCCACCUGGCCAAAAUCUAUGCCAUGCACUGGAGUACAGACAACAGGCUAAUGGUCAGUGCAUCACAGGACGGCAAACUUCUCAUCUGGGAUUCUCACACUGGAAACAAGGUCAAUGCUGUUCCCCUCAAGUCCUCAUGGGUGAUGACCUGUGCAUAUGCUCCUUCUGGAAACCUCGUGGCCAGCGGUGGUCUUGACAACAUGUGUACUGUCUACAACUUGAAGACACCUGUAAUCAAGACGGUGAAAGAACUGGAUGCUCACACAGGUUACUUGUCCUGUGCACGCUUCCUCAGUGACACAGAGAUUCUAACCGCCUCCGGUGAUACCACAUGUGCAUUGUGGGAUUUGGAGACUGGAAAGCAGAAGACGGUUUUCCUGAACCAUGUUGGAGACUGCAUGUGUCUGUCUCUGUCUCCAGACAUGAACUCCUUUGUUUCCGGUGCUUGCGACUCUCUGGCCAAGCUGUGGGACAUCAGAGACGGCCAGUGCAAGCAAACCUUCCAGGGUCACACGAGUGACAUCAACGCCAUUUCGUUCCUCCCUAGUGGCAAUGCAUUUGUCACCGGCUCUGAUGACUGCACAUGCAAAAUGUAUGAUCUUCGUGCUGAUCAAGAAGUGAUCGGAUACCAGGAUGCAGCCCUGAACAGCGGCGUAACAUCACUGGCUCUCUCCAUGUCUGCCCGCCUCAUCUUUGCUGGUUACGAUGACUUCAACUGCAAUAUUUGGGACUCGCUAAAGGGCGAGAAAGUGGGUGUGUUGUCUGGCCAUGACAACAGGGUGAGCUGCACCGGAGUACCACCAGAUGGCAUGUGUGUUUGCACUGGCUCAUGGGACAGCUUCUUGAAGAUUUGGAACUGAGUUGGACCCUGCAAGAAGAUGAGAUGGGAAUGAGAUUGAGAUUGAGAAUGAGAAAGAAAGGUUGAGAGAGAGGAUGAGAAAUUAUCAUAAUUUUGAGCAACAAAGAAUCACACACACACAAACAAACAAACAAACACACUUGGGUCCACUUGGGAUUUCUGGAAAACUUGAUUUUAUUAGAAAAUAUUAUAUGCAAUAUUUAAAGGUAAAAAAUUUAAGUUGCAACUAACACAGGAUUGCAUUAAUGUUAACAUGACAUGAUAAUCUCAGGACAAUGAAACUUUGACUUGAAUUGAUUUUGACAGCAUAAUCAUUUAAGAAUUUAAAAUAUAGUAUUACAUAUUUUUUUUGUCCAUUAAAAAACCUUAUCAUUAGAUGAAAGUUUGGAGGAAUAUUUUUUAUUUAUUAGAAAUGACGAUAGAAUGCAAAAGAAGACUUUUCCCAGCAACCACACUGUCUUGUCUGAGAUUUGUUAUCAUGGCUCUUUGAUGAUGUCGGCAUACAUAUAUAUAUUUUAAUUUUAAUGAAUUUACUUCCUAAAGCCCUCAACAUAACAUGUUAUGCUAAAAGAUACAAUGUCUGUAUUUACUUCUUUCAUCUUUUUGUAGGACUUUUACAUACAAGACAGUUCCUCUUUAAUAUUUCAGUGGUUCCUUGAAUACCUUUCUAAUAAACAUAGUGUUCUGCAUUAAACUAUA